AUGGGGGCCGCGCCGGGCUCCGGAUGGGAGGAAGGAGAGUUCGAGUUCAAGCUGGUGUUCGAGGAGGAUCCUCCGCCGAGGCAGAGAGAGGGGCCGGCGGGUCCGGUGCGUCCAGCCGAGCCGGAGAGCUCCGGGCCCGGGGAGGAGGAGGAGGAGGGCCCGCUGCUGCGCCUGGAGCCCGGGAACAGCAGCCUGGUUACAGACAACCACUUGGCUGCCACUCACACCGCUCACUCCAUCAGCAUCCCCAGCUCGCCGCCCUCAGCCAGUCAGCGGGCCGGGAUGCACUCGCCCCCCCCACGCCGGGCCGCGGUCCGAGACUUCAGCGGGACCUACGAGAGCCUGCCAGCUCGCUCGGUGCAGGUGUCGGAGUCUCGUGUGGUCGAGUGUCCGAGCAUCCAGAUCACCACCAUCUCCCCCGAAGACGACCCAGCACCGACCAUCUCCAGCUACUGGGACAUGGGCGGUGGAGGAGGUGGGUGGGACCGCGAGCGCCUCUACCUCCCCCUGCUGGACCCCUUCAGCUACCGGGACAGAUGCCCCGGCUCCCUCAGCCCCAGCCCGGCCUCCAGCCCCUCCUCCCGAGGCUGGCUCAGCCCCGCCUCCAGCUGCGACUCCCUGCUGGUGGAGGAGGAGGAGCUCAACGAGGCCGCCGUCAAUUUCGGGCUCUCGCCGUCAUCCAGGCCAACUUCCCCCGGGGGUAAAAAGCGCCGAAACUCCCCUCUGGCCUCGCCAUGCACCUCGCGGAGGGGCAGUUACUCAGAGGAACUGCAGGGGUUCAACCUGGAGGGCGGAGACUCACACCUCAACUCACAAGCUCCGCCCAGCAGCUGCGAGCUCAGCAUCCCUCAGAAAACCAGGAAGACGUCGUUGGAACAGUUGUCUCCCAGGGAGGCGGAGCAGGAGCAGGCUCCAGGCCACGCCUCCCACUGCCCACUGCCCGAGAGCCAGCAGCCCAGGAGAGAGCCCCCUCCUCUGGGCAUGGACUACCUCUCUGUGCCCCCUGCUCUGGCCUGGGGCCGGACCCGAGCCAGCAGCCACAGCCCCCUGUUCAGGUCUAACGCUCUGCCUCCGCUGGACUGGCCGCUGCCGUCCCAGUUCGACCAGUACGAGCUGCGUAUCGAGGUGCAGCCGCGGCCUCACCACAGAGCGCACUACGAGACGGAGGGCAGCCGGGGGGCCGUCAAGGCCACGCCCUCAGGACAUCCUGUCGUCAAGCUGUGUGGAUACACUGAGAGGAAACCGCUCUCUCUUCAGGUCUUCGUCGGAACAGCGGACGACAGAUCCAUCAGGCCGCAUCCUUUCUAUCAGAUCCACAGGGUCACGGGGAAGAUGGUGGGCACUGCCAGUCAUGAGAGCGUUCAGGCCGGGACCAAAGUGCUGGACAUCCCCCUGAACCCCGAGAACAACAUGACCGCACUCAUCGACUGUGCAGGGAUCCUGAAGCUGAGGAACUCGGACAUCGAGCUGAGGAAAGGGGAAACGGACGUCGGCAGGAAGAACACUCGUGUGCGUUUGGUGUUUCGCACCCACCUCCAUCUAGCGCCCCCUGCAGCCCCGCCUGGACGGGUCCUGGCUCUGCAGGCGGCCUCGCUGCCCAUCGAAUGCUCCCAGCGCUCGGCCCAGGAGCUUCCGGUCAUCGAGUCGGUCAGCAUCACUUCCUGUUCCGUGGAGGGCGGAGAGGAACUUCUGCUGAGUGGCACCAACUUCCUGCCGAUCUCCAGGGUCCUUUUCAUGGAGAGAGGGACAGAUGGUAAGUUACAGUGGGAGGAGGAGGCUCAUGUCGACCGUGACAACAGCAACGAGGGUUUGCUGUGCGUGAGAGUUCCCGCCUACAGCGACCUGUCCGUCAGCCGGCCCGUGUCCCUCAGUCUGUACGUGUCCAACGGGAAGAGGAAGAGAAGCAGCACUCACUGCUUCAAGUAUCUCCCCAUCCUGUUUAAGGAGGAGGAGCCUCUGCUGUCCCGGCCGUCGGCGCUGCCUCUGGACAGGGGGACGCUGUGUCCUCCCGAGGGUCCGCUCCGGAUGGACAGGGGCUUCCACGUGAGGGGCGACCCCCUGGCUGAGGACCGAGGCCUGGGCUUCAACCUGCCCCCCUACCCUUCCACCUACUCUCCUCCCUGCCCCCCCAUGAGCUACCACGAGGAGUACUGCUCCACGCCCGACGCCGGGGGGGAGGAGCCGGCCGGGUCCAGAGCCGGCCUCUCCGAGCGCCACCCCAGCUUUGAGAACCUGGAGCUGGGCUUCACCGAGCUCCUCCCUCCUCUGUACCCCCGCGGGCCGCAGCCCCCCUCCCCUUCUCCCUCCCCGUGGCUGGACUCACCCUACCUGUCCUCCUCACCCUCCCCCUCCCACUCCUCCUCCCUCAGCCCGUUCCCAGCCAGCAGUCCCAUCUCCACCUCCCCUCUGCCUCCCAUGUCCACCUCCCCUUACCCCCAGUACUCUGCUUAUUCUCAGGAGGUGUGUCCCUCCCCUCCCUCCAACCCCAGUCCCUAUCAGGACAUGUUCCCAGCGCCCUACUCCCAUUAUGACGGCUGGGACCCCCAGGGAAGGGUGAUGGGGAUGGGACAUGGGGGAGAGAGGGAUGCCAAGAUGCAAGACUGCCCCCUGGAGUUUAGCAGCUCGGUGUCGAUGCACCACAUUACCUUCGAAGAGGUGUCAGAGUUCAUCGGAGAGGACAUCCAGUCGUACCAGUCGACCUCACACAUGGACAACCAGCCCAACUGAUCUCAGAGCAGCUGAUCUCCUUCACGUUGAUAUUCAGCCUUGAUUUGAAUCCCCGUGCACCUGAAAGGAAGCUGCGUCGCCCCGGUAACACAUGAUACUGAGGACGGGGGG